AUGGCUCUUCAGGAGGUCGCAAGUUUUGAACAUGUCGAGACGGAAUCUGUGAAUCCAACCAUUCAAAUAUUAAAUCCUCAAAAUGCUGCCGAAUAUAUGAGAAAGGCUCAAGCUGAACCUGGCUUUUUUAAGUUAAUAUGUGAAACAUUUACAAUAACUCAUACAUUCACGAAAGGUGUCACAGUCAACGAACUCGAUGCUUUAAUUAAUCGAAUUUCUGAUCUUCACAAACGAAAAUUGUUUCAACAGAUUCGAUGUCUAGCUGAUAAACAAGAUGACCAAAGUACUUUAUUGGCCACAACUGACGUUGAACACAGAAUGCGAAAAUCAUGGAUUGCUCGUGGUGAAUAUAAGAAUGGCAAAUUUGAUAUACUAACAGUUUUUGCCACACAAAUGAAAAAGCUUGAUGUAGCCAAGGUAUUAGCGACUGGUACCGGAGCGUUAGCACUUGCCACUAUUGGUUUCGUAGUUAAUCCAUUGGUAGGGACAAGUGUUCUAGCAGCUGCUAGCAUGGCACUAUCCGCAAUAGGUGUAAAAAACUAUGCAGAUUAUUGUGAAUGUCCGGCUGAUGUUAUUUAUGGGCCGGUUUUCGAAUAUCUGCGUGAGCAAAACGUUUUAGAUAUUUCACAGAUCUCUGAUUAA